UAAUAAAAAAUUUGUAUGAAAGUUUUUGCUUGUUCUGAUGUCACUUGUAGAGAUGAGCUGGAUGACUUAGAUGCUCAAGUGGCAUUGCUGGAGGAGCCUGAGGAGGGAGCCAUCAUAGGAAAGACCUUCAUUUGCAUUCUGGCUGACCAGUUUGCCCGACUGAAGACUGGGAACAGGCUGUUUUGGGAGCAUGAGAGCAGCAUCUUCACGAUGGAACAAAGGAACUAUGUUAAACAAGUCACUUUAGCAAAUCUCCUUUGUUCAAACCUUCCCCUCCAUGCUGUCCCCACCAAUGCCUUCCUCCCUCCAUCUGACAGUAAUCCUCUGGUGAAGUGUUCUGACCUGCCAGUGGCUGACCUAAUGCCAUGGAAGGACACAUCACUCAUAGAGAAGAUGAAGAAAGUGGAGAGUGGGUCACGCCAGCAAGACAAGGUGCACAAAGAAGAGAUAAAAACUGGCAAGGAAGCUCCCAAAGAAGAGCUCUAGAAGUGACCACUGUGUGCACUCUCCUGUUUGUACUCGCCUACUUGGGUGUUGCAGGGGUUGAGUCACAGCUCCUGGCCUCACCUCUUCACUGAUUGCUACUAGGUCCACCCUCCCUGCUCUAAAUGCACCCAUUCCUAAAUGCACCUGACAGUACUUAAUCACCAAGGCUACAGUGUAAAUAAGAUUAACAAUUUUUAUAUGAAACAAAAUACUUUGUGAUUUAAGAAGUGAAGAGUAUUGAAUGAUUUGCCUUGGUUAGUUGGGAAAGUCUUGCUAACUUCCCUAAGUUAGUGAACUAAACAUUAUCCAGAGAAAAGGCUGCAUUGUGAGUGGUAUUCAUCCUGUAUAUGCUUUUGAUUGACACUAAUUUUGGUGAAGCCUAUGUUGAAGAUUAAAGACUUGUGAAUAGGCUGUUGUAAAACAGUCAAAAACUAAUAUAUACGACUGCCAGUCAGGCUGUGCUUAACAUUGUUAUUGAUGAUCCAGAAUUGAGUUAGUAAAGCAUUCAGUUUAUAUUAAAUAUACAAAUGUUGGUGUAUUUGAGUCUCCUCAUACUCUGAGAUGACAGAGCUUUUCUCUUAUUUCCUCUUUAAGGGGGGGGGGGCUCCUUGUUGCUGUAAAGAGGCUAUCUUCUGAGGAAUUUGACCUUUUGGUCUUCUUCCUCAGACUGAACCUAAUUACCCCCUAAUUCCCCCUUUUUCCCUUUCCUCCCUCCUCUCAUUCCUCCUUUUUCUCCAUCCCAUUUGUAGUCUCUGGAGUCCUCUCCUCUGGCAUUAUGGGAAGUGUGCUGGGGUUCAUCCCACUGUGGGGUCCCUUAGGAGUGGUGUAGUUUGCCAUGGAAUCUGGAUCAUCUGCUCCCUUUCUGGAUUUCCAGGAGGUGGGGUGGGGUGUCCUGCAGGUGACAGGUGUAUCUCCAGAGGCUGCCUGUCAGUUCUGGGAGGUGGCAGUCGAGGGAGUUAUGCUUUGUGGCGGGUAUCUGACUGCCCUCUCUUGUCUGCUGAGGUGGCUUGGUGGAUAUGAGGGUGCUAUCCCAGAACACUGGUUUAUGGGCUGAAGGGUGGGUAUGGCAUGGGUUCCACGCUACAUAUGUGCUGCUAGCGGUGUUGAGGUCCUCUUGGAUGAGUGGGGGGGGGGGGAACUUGUGGCCCUUUCAUGCUUUCUAGAAACUAUCCCUUUGCUUUCCCUCAAUUUUGUUUUCCUUUUUCUGGAAAUAAGUGCCACCAUCGUGGAGUCUUUGUUCCGUGACCACCUCCUCCUUCCAGGCCCCUUUUUGUUACUGCAUCCUGUUCUGACCCGGCUUCAUUGUUAGAUCAUUGUUGAGACUUUUCCCAUACCCCUGUACCUCCUGCUGGUGACACUCCUUCGCUUCCUUCUCAUUCUGCCCAGAAAAGACCAGCACGACACUUGCUUCCCUUACACUCUGUUUCAAAAUAAACAAUGGACUAAGUUUUUUUUACCCUGUGACCGACUUCUCCUGCCUAUCUUUCUGAUCACAGUAUUAGCAAGGUGCUCCUAGUGCUCCUACCUAUGCCAUGUUGGUCAAGAUAUAUCCUUUCAUGUUCUCAAGAGUGGUGCAUGCAUCGUGGUGGUGCAGAAUGCUAGUGUAGCUCGCGAUCUUUUUCUCCUUGCAACCAUAGAUGCUAUUCCUGUAACAAUUGAAAAACGUCAAUCUCUCAAUUCUUGUAGUUGUACUGUCAUUCUACCUUGGAACAUUGUCCAACAGACUUUCCAGGCAUGUGGUGAUGACAUUCUGGAACAGCUUGAGCUCCAAGACCUCCCAGUCCUCAAAGUAGACACUUCACAGGUGCUUUAUAUUGCAACUUAGACAUAACUUUUAUACACAGCUGUUAACCUAACUUAUUUCAGAAUUUAUUUCCAUCAAAAAUAUAUACUAUCUUUGUCUAGGUCCCUCUUCAAGGGGGGCUCCUUGGCGUGGUGAAGAGGCUCUUGGUCUGAGGAAUUAGACCUGUCGGUCUCCUUCCUCAGACCGAACCUAAUUACCCCCAAUCCCCCCUUCCCUAUCCCUUCCUCCCCAUCCUCUCCAGCCUCCCCUUUUUCCUUUCCUCCUCCUCCUCCCCACCCCUCCCUUUUGCCCUUCCUCUUUUUGGCCUUUGGGAUUUUUCCCACAGGUGCGCUAGUUCCUAGGUAGGGGAAAGGGUACCGGGGUCCAUCCCAUUCCAUUGAGGUUCUUGGUGGUGGCGUAGUUUGCCAUGGAAUCUGGAUCACCUGGGGAUGUCCCGAUCCCUCUCCAGUAUCCCAGAGGGUGGCUUUGGGUAUCUUUCGGGUGAUGGGUGUAUCUCUGGAAGCCACCUUUUGGAUUCCGGGGGUGGUGGCCGAAGGAGGUAUGCUUUGUGGCGGAUAUCUGGCUGCCCUCUCUGUCUACCGAGGUAGCUCGGCAGAUGUGAGGUUGCUAUCCCGGAUUGCUGGUUUACUGGCAUGAAGGGUAGGGUAUGGCACGGUUUCCAUGCUGCAUCUGCGCUACUUGUGGUGCUGAGGUCCUCUUGGGCACGGAGGGAGAUUUCUGGCCCUUUCAUUCCUCCUAGGAACUAUCCCUCCCCGGUCCCCCCUUUUUUCAUUUUUUUUUUCUUUUUCUUUUCUUUCUUUUUUUUUCUUAAAAACAAAAAGGAAAAAGUAACCUAACCAUGGAGUACCCAAUCCAUGACCCCGCUACCCCCGGGCCCCUUAUUGUUACCGCACCCCGUUCUGACCUCGCCUCAUCUUUUGGCCACUCUUCGGACACUCCUAAGGCCCCUGUACCUCAUGCUGGUGCUGUUUCGUCACCCGCUUCAGGUGCCGGGGUUUUGACUGACUCCUUCGAUUUGUCUGACCUCCGCUCUCCUUUGACUAUGCUUCCGGCCUCUCCCUCUAUGGUGCAGUGAUUUUCGAAUUGCCAGCCUGUCUCGCAUCGGACCAACUCUGGUCCCACUUCUAAAUGCCAACGACAGUCUCCUGAUGAUGAUACUUCGUUACCUUCCCAUUCUACUCGGAAAAGACCAACACGUCAUGCACUCCCUCUCCACACUCAGUUUUGGACCACAAAAUGGACUAAAUUCUUUACUUUAAGACUGACUUCUUCUACUGCCUAUCUUUCCGACCAUAGUAUUGGCAAAGCGCUCCUGCUCCAUGUUGGUAGAGACAUAUCCUUUCAUGCUCUAAAGAGUGGUACGUGCAUUAUCACAGUCUAGAAUGCUACCCAAUUUCAUGAUCUUUCUUUUCUUUCACAUAUCAAUGCUAUUCCUAUCACUAUCGAAAAACAUCAUUCCCUCAAUUCUUGUAGUGGUACUGUUAUUCUGCUGGCAUACCAUAGUCCAACAUAAUUUCCUGACAUGUGGCAAUGACAUUCUCGUACAGCUGGAACUCCAAGAUCUCCCAAUUCUCAAUUCUUAUUUUCUUCCUGCCCGCAGG